AUGAACAAAUUGCUUUUUGUUGUUGCUUUACUCGUUUGUAUUUUCGUUGAGAGAAGUGUGAGCGAUGGUAAAUUUGAUUUUCCUGCAGAAGCAUGCGUUACUGCUCUAACAGGAAAUUAUGUUGGUUGUUUAGGUGCUCUUGCUCAAUCUAUUUGGACGGUUAGUCAAUGGGGUGACGCUACACCAAUUACUAUUUGUGGCAAUCAAUGUUUAGGUAAUUUGAAAGGAAGAAUUUCAAAACUGAAAUGGAAAUGGGAUGCCAAAUUUCAAUGUCAAAAUAAAGGUCAAGGAAUUCAGGGUGGAUCGACAGCAUUAAGUCGUAAUGGAGCCAUGCAGGGAGCUAUUCAAGACUGGAUUACCAAAGCAGUACAAGUUGGCCAAAUCAAUGCUGCAGAUUUCAAGUGCUAA